GCCCACUCCCCCUGGUGAGAGGCGCUGAUUUGUCUUUCGCAUAAUUUUCUGCAGAAGAAGUUUUGCGAAGUGACCGAGACACAGCGCGGCCGCGAGUUCAGAAAAAAACUGUCACGCAGGCUCCGAGGACUAACUUUUCCGCGUCGCGAGCGAAGACGGGACGCUCGGUAACGGGACAGGCUUAUAAAUCGAGCCCAUCAUCCCGGACGGGCUGAAAAGUUUCGAGCGAGCGAAAUGAACCGGAGCUUUAAUAAUAAAUCGCAAUCUCUGCGCAGCUUGAACAUGAACGCGGUGGAAGUGAAAAGCAAGUAUGGAGCAGAGUUCCGGAGGUUUUCAGUGGAUCGACUAAAACCCGGCAAAUUCGAGGAAUUCUACAAACUCAUCAUGACCAUCCACCGGAUUGCAAACAUGGAGGUGAUGAUCGGAUACGCGGAUGUUCACGGAGACCUCCUCCCCAUCAACAACGACGAGAACUUCAGCAAGGCCGUGUCGACCGCACACCCCCUGCUGCGAAUCUUUAUCCAGAGACAAGAAGAGGUUGACUACAGCAACUUCGGCACCAGCACUCUGACCCGGAAAAAGAAGGCAGUGGUCACUCUUCGCAACGACCUAAACCGUAAACGGCCCCACAUCCACAUUGGCAUGCCUCAGGAUUUCCGUCCCGUGUCGUCCAUUAUUGACGUGGACAUCCUUCCUGAAUCUCACCGGAGAGUUCGGCUCUACCGGCAUGGCUCGGACAAGCCCCUGGGAUUCUACAUUCGUGAUGGAACCAGUGUCCGUGUCACACCUCAUGGCUUGGAAAAGGUCCCAGGUAUCUUCAUUUCCCGUCUGGUACCUGGAGGCCUGGCCGAGAGCACGGGCCUGCUGGCUGUCAAUGAUGAGGUCUUGGAGGUCAAUGGCAUCGAGGUGACAGGAAAAACUUUGGACCAGGUGACUGACAUGAUGAUUGCAAACAGCCACAACCUUAUCGUGACCGUGAAGCCGGUGAACCAGCGCAACAAUGUGGUGCGCAGCAGUCGUAUCUCGGGCAGCUCGGGUCAGUCAUCAGACAGCAGUGGUUCAGUGGGAUACCCCGCCAUCACCGUUCCCACUGGUGCCACCGCCAUCUCUCAUGGCUACAGUCCAGAGGAUCUGGAAAGUGACGAGGAGUCGGACAUCGUAAUUGAAAGCAACAUGAAACGGCCAUCACGGCGCUCCAAUGCCUCGGUGGCUUCAACUGCAUCACGGUCCCAGACGCAAACGACCACCGUGACCCCUCCGAGUCCUCCUACACGACCCCAAACAAGACCGCCAUCCACUGUGUCCACGGCCUCUUUCCACUCUCAACCCAGCUUUAAUGGCACAGUGCACAGUAGUUUGAGUUACAAGUUGCAAAAGGACCUUACCCUCCAACACCAUCCCUACCACAGCAGCAAUCCUGCUAUGCGGGAGAGCAAUGGCAGCCUACACAAAAUCCUCAGCAGUCUGAGGACAGACCCCCGCCACAGCCUGGUUUUACCCAGAGGAGGGGUGGAGGAGGAUGGCACAGUCAUCACUUUAUAAUGCAUACAGUCACAUAAAAUCCAGCCCUCCCAGAGACUCUGCCUUUCAGCCUGGGACAUCAGACCUGACCUUGAACCUCAACAAACUUUAAGGGUUUGGAAAACGAAUAAUUUAACAGAAACAAUAUCUGCAAUUUUAUUCUUUUAAAUGUUUGCUUUCCCUGUGUUGUAAUGUCAAAAAUGUUUCAGAUUUAGUGGUAUGUGUCUCUUUUUCUAAGUGGAGCCACUUUUUUUAAAAUCUUUGUCUAUCAGUGUUUGUCAGUUCUUGUUUAGAGGUUAAUUUUAAUCAAGUUACCUAAAUAUCUCUUGGGACCAGAAAAUUGGGUUUAGACCUGUGCGUACUGUUGGCUUCUGUUUACGGUUUGUAUGUAAAAACCCUUGCCCUGGUGUAAUACACAAGCCAGUUGCAUUAUGCAAAUGCCAAAAUGAAUUUAAACUUAAUCAGAAACACAAGCUUUUCUUUGCCUUGCCCAAGUUAAUAACUGAAUAGUAUUAUUAAUUUAUCAGGAUGAUUUUUAGUGAUAAAUAUGUAUCUGCUGUAUGUUUAGUACUAUUUGCACUAAAUUUACUAUUUAGCAGAUAUCAUCAGAAUGUUGGUUUUCAAAUAUAUGAAUAUGGCUUGUUUUUUAGAAAUUGUGGAAAAAUGUACAUGAUGAUCAGACAAUAUGCUGACUCCAUUAUGUUGACUUUGGUCUUGUAAGGUUUCAUUUGACUUGGUGUCUGGUUUAUUUGACUACAGUGGGGUGUAAUGGGUCAUCACAUAUAGGUAUUUCACACUUAAACGUUUCUUGAAGACCUUUUGACUUCAGGAGUCCAGCGGAAUGCGAGUCUGUUGGUUCUCUCUGUGUUUAGUCCGUACACACAUUUUCUGUCACCUCACUGUUAAUGAAGCAUAACCUCUGACCUCCACUCAAAUCCCCACAAAAGAACAGAAUGCUGUCUAGCAGUAGUCAGUAGUAGCCAUCUUUUAAUGGCUCUUAUGUUAUUGCAGCCAGUUAAAGGGAUAGAUCAUCCCAAAAUAAUAAUAAAAGAAGAAAAUCAAUUACUCAUUAUCAGGUUGUUUCAAACAUGUAUGAGUUUCUUUCAUGCGUUAAAAGAAGUUUUAAAGAACCAAAGAGUUGUUGGUCGGUAGCCAAUGAAUUCCAUAGUAUUUUUUCCCAGUCAGUGGCCACCGUCAACUGUUUGGUCACCAACAUUCUUUAAAGAAUCUUCUUUUGUGUUAAACAUGAAGAAACUCGUACAGGUUUGGAACAUUUGAGGUCGAUGAAAGAUGAUUUUGUCGAGACCUGUCCCUUUAAGUCCAGUCAAACUUCAUGGAUAGUCUAAUAUCAUCCUGUUAUACAGUGGAAAUGCACAGUUUAUACCCAGUAAUUUUGUUUAUAGAGAGAGAGAGAGAGAGAGAGAGUAUGUGGAAUCAUUUUUGUAUAUAAUUUAAAACCACUGUGGAUGUACGUUCUUUUGUUUUUUGUUUUUUUUUAGGUUGACUGCAUCAUUUUUAUCUACUUAAACAAAGACUUACCUUCAUAUCCACCAUUUUUGUGCCUUACUGCCCCUCCUUCAGACAUACUUCACUCAAACAGACUAAGUAUUUGGAUCUGACCACUGGAAAUAUUUUCAUUUUGGUAAAAGCAAGGACAUGGUACAACACGUGCGCGUGCGAGUCCGAAUACAUUUGUUGUGAGUCGCCAUCUGCUGGUCACUGCCUGCACUGCGUCUCUUUGGCUGAAAAUCACGUUCUUUUUUUUUUUGCAUUUAAUACUUUUUCUUUCGCAUCACUGUUGAUGGCUUGGUUCGUCUGUAUGUGUAUCAAUUAACAAUAAAUAAAAUGCAAAGAAAUCCAAAACAAGACGAGCUAAAGAGCACAUUACUAAAGAAAAAGGGUACAACAUAUGUCUUAAGUCAAUGGUGUCAGGACAGUUUCAGUGUCAUAUUUAUGGUUUAAACAACAAAUGUCAGUGUCGAAAUGAUCCUCAUGGUAGGAUAUAUGAGUCAGGCAGUCAAACCACAUUUAAAAUUGUAGUUUAAAGCCUUUUCAGUGCAAAAAAUACAUGUGAAUAUUGUCUAUAUUGUUUUUACUGAUGUCAGUCAUUUUUUUAAAAAGUGCAUAAUAAAAUUCAGAGAUGGAUAAAGUG